AGAACUUAUUGGAUACUUUGUGUUUGGUUGAAUUAUCUUUUCUAACAGAUGUCUGGGUAGAUAAAGUCUCCCCCCAUUACUAACUAUGUUUUGAAUUUUUCUGUUAUAUGCAUGACAGUCUAGAACAUCAGUGUGCAGGGAAAGCGCCUGGGGGGAAUUGUGCCUGUUCUGACAUGUCUCCUAUCGCUCUUUUUGCCCUAACAGGCUGCGGCAUAACAUCCCUGUUUUGCUCCAGAUCAUUCCAUCCUUCCAGGGACCAGGGAAGGGAAAUGGCUGCAGUGGAGCCAGUUGAGGGGCCGGUGGCCUUCGAGGAGGUGGCUGUGUAUUUCACCAAAGAAGAGUGGGCUCUGCUGGACCCCGUUCAGAGAGCCCUCUACAGAGAUGUCAUGCAAGAGAACUAUGAGAACGUGACCUCGCUGGGGUUUCCAGUUUCCAAACCUGAUAUCUCCCAGCUGGAAAGAGGGGAAGAGCUAUUAUCCCCGGAUCUCCAGGGCUUAGAGGAAAGAGAAAUCCUGAGAGGCAUCUACACAGCAGGUGAUGGGAUGGUGAGUGAGACCUUGGAGCAGAAGCCUCAGCAGGAAGAUGAUGAGCAAGUCAAACCACGUGGGACAUUAUUGCAAAGAUGCAAAGGGAGUAUGUCCAGGAAUUGUGAGCAGCGAAAAGCCUGUGAGAGUCAGCACAGGCCAGAGAAGUGGCAGGGAAACCAGCCAACACAGAAAACUGGUAAAGCUGUUAAUUGUUGGGGAACUCACAAAGGCCUCAAGGAAACCACGACCCAGCAGAGAAUCCCCAUGGGAGAGAGAAAUAACACAUGUGUUGAGUGUGGGAAAAAGUUCAGUAGGCACUCACUGCUUCUUAGCCAUCAGAGAAUCCACACAGGGGAGAAACCCUAUGAAUGCUGUGAGUGUGGGAAAACCUUCACUGAGCGCUCAACCCUUAUUAAACAUAAGAGGAUCCACACAGGGGAGAAACCCUACGAGUGCGGCGAGUGUGGGCAAACCUUCGCUGAGCGCUCAACGCUUAUUCAACACCAGAGGAUCCACACAGGGGAGAAACCCUACGAAUGCUGUAAGUGUGGGAAGACCUUUGCUCGGAGCUCACACCUUAUUAGGCAUCACAGAAUCCACACACAGGAGAAACCCUAUGAAUGCUGUGAGUGUGGGAAAACAUUCACUGAGUGCUCAUCCCUUAUUCAGCAUCAGAGGAUCCACACAGGGGAGAAACCCUAUGAAUGCUGUGAGUGUGGGCAAACCUUUGCUCGGAGUUCACACCUUAAUAGGCAUCAGAGAAUCCAUACAGGGGAGAAACCCUAUGAAUGCUGUGAGUGCGGGAAAACCUUCACGCGGAGCUCACACCUUAUUAGGCAUCACAGAAUCCACACAGGGGAGAAACCCUAUGAGUUCUGUGAGUGCGGGAAAACCUUUACUCAGGACUCAUCCCUUAUUAAACAUCAGAGAAUCCACACCGGGGAUAAACCCUAUGAAUGCUGUGAGUGUGGGAAAACAUUUGUCCGGCGCACACACCUUAAUAAACAUCAGAGGAUCCACACUGGGGAGAAACCCUAUUAAUGUUCCGAGUGUGGGGAAUUCUUCCAUCAGAGCUCAGCCCGAGGGCAUUCUUCGCCAAAAAAUUAAAAAGUCUGUGCCAAAAAUUAAAAAUUCUACGCGCAAUAUUUAAAAAUUCUGCAAAAUUCCGCAUAAAUAAAUAAUAAAUAAAUGCAGAGGCUCCAGCCUGGCAGUGGGGAGCACAGGCCACUGGCUUUACGCAGGUGGGAGAUCACCCUGCAGCCUCUCCACCCUUGGGACACGGAAUCAGUGGUGAGGCUGCAUCCAACCCUGACACAGCACAAGGCCUGCCCCAGAAACACAAGCACAAGGCCUGCUAGGCGCUCCAGGUGUGGGGCAGGCAGGCUCAACCACGGAGGAACCAAGUGUGGAGGGACUCAGUGUGGGAGGAUCCAGGUGUGGGGUGAGAGGAUUCUGCAUGGGACAAUUCUAGGUACAGGAAGCUCAGUGGAGGUAUCUGGAUCCACAGAGACUUGUUGUGGGGAUUCCAGGUGUAGGGGUAAUAGGACUCUGCAAGU